AUGUCACCCAAUGAUGUUGAACAACAGCAGCUACCAACCCAAAAUAACAACUAUAAUGAUAAUAUAAAUAGUCCAUCAUUAAAUGAUGAUGAUGAGGAUUCAUUUUUUAGAGAAAUUAAAGAAAUUAGCAGAGGUAGACCAAAAACUAGAGAUGAAAUUCAAAUAAGUGAUAGAACAAGACUAUCAAGAUGGGAUACACCUUUAACAAAUGAUGGGGUUUCACCUUUUUCAAGUAUUUUUAAAACCCUACCACCUGGUUUAACUGAUGAACAAAUUGCUGCUUUAAUUUUAAGAUUAAGAGUUGAUGAAAUUACAAAGAAAAUUACAAUUGGACCAAUUGAAUUUACAGAGAGAGAUAGAGAGAGAUCACCAUCACCACCACCAACUUAUGAUAAUAAUGGUAAGAGAUCAAAUACAAGGGAACAGAGAAUUAAGGAAAAGCUACAAAAGGAGAGACAUCAAUUGGUUGUAACAGCACAACAAAUCAAUCCAACCUAUAAACCACCAUCAGAUUAUCAACCACCAAAUGAGAAGAAAACUAGAAAGAUCUACAUCCCAAUAAAGAAUCAUCCAGAAUAUAAUUUCAUUGGUUUAAUCAUCGGACCACGUGGUAACACACAAAAACGUAUGGAGAAAGAGUCUGGUGCAAAAAUUGCUAUCAGGGGUAAAGGUUCAUCACGUGAUGGCAAACCAACCAAACUUCAAUUUCAAGAGAAUGAUGAGUUACACGUUCUCCUAACUGCAGACACUGUUGAUCAAUUGGAUAAGGCGGAAGUGUUGGUUAGAGAGUUUUUAAUACCAGUUGAGGAGGGUAAGAAUGAACAUAAACGUCAACAACUUCGUGAAUUGGCUGAAAUGAAUGGUACACUUAGAGAACGUCCUGCUUACAUGGGUAAUCGUAGUUGGACACCUGUCGAUAUAAAAUGUGUUCAAUGUGGUGAAACUAGUCAUCCUUCCUCUGAUUGUCCAUUACGUUCGAAUGAAUCAAAUCAACAAUAUAUCGAAUCUGAAUAUCAAAAAUUCAUUGAUGAAAUGUCUAAAUCUUUAGGUUUUGAUAUUAGUAUUUCUCCAAAUCAAAAUGAUAAUUCUUUACAAAAUAUAAAUUUAAAUAAUAAUAAUAACAAUAGUAAUGGUAAUAAUAAUGGAAAUAAUAAUGGACGUAAUUUUAAUAAUGAUACUGUUGGUGAUAUGGAUGAAUCACCUCCACAUCAUACUCAAUCACACUUUCAACAAAAUUCACCUCAAUUUGAUCAACAACAACACCAACAACAAUGGAAUAAUAAUAACAAUAACAACAACAAUAACAAUCAUAAUAAUAAUAAUAAUAAUAAUAAUAAUAAUAAUAAUAAUAAUAAUAAUAAUAAUAAUAAUAACAAUAAUAAUAACAAUAAUAAUAACUUUUCAAAUUAUAAUAAUAAUAAUCAAUCUUUUUACAAUAAUAAUAACUCACCAUAUGGCCCUCCAAAUGGUGGUUCUCCUUAUGGUCCACCAAGAAAUACGUACUAA